CAGAGACUGAUCACACCAACUGGGUGUUCUGCAGAGAUUAAAAAAGACAAAAGUCAACCAUGGCUGAAGCACCAAGAAAAUCAAAGAUCUCUGCAUCUCGCAGACUGGCUCUUAAGACCAAGUUGCUGAAAGUGGCAACUGUGAUGUUUGAGGAGGAAAAGGAGCAAAAGAAGCUGAUGAGAGAAUCAACUCUGAGGGAGAGAGUCCCUCCACUGCAGCUGUCUGGUUUGUCUCUGCAGGACCUUCAGGCUCUAUGCAGAGAACUGCACCAAAAGCUUGAUGUGGUAGACGAAGAACGGUAUGACACCGAAGUGAAAGUGGCCAAAAACAACAAGGAGAUUGAAAAUCUUUCUCAAAAGAUCUUUGAGUUAAAGGGUAAGAUGAAGCGACCUGCUCUUAAGAGGGUAAAGAUCUCAGCUGAUGCCAUGCUGGGAGCUCUGCUGGGAGCCAGGGUCAAAGAGUCUGUGGACUUUAAGGCAAACCUGAAGACGGUGAAGAAAGAGGAGGAGAAGAAAGAGGAGGUGACUGACUGGCGUAAGAAUGUGGAGGCCAUGUCUGGUAUGGAAGGCAGAAAGAAGCUGUUUGAUGCUGGACAGUAGAUUCCUAUUUCUGUAAACUACGACUUUGUUGAC